AUGGCUUUGGACGACCGUAAUGAUCCUUGGAUAUGCAGAGUUUUUCCUACCAGUUUGACAGGAGUUGUACUAGAGUGGUUCAGGAAUAGGCCACACAAGUCCAUCCCAGAUUACGUAACUCUGCGCACCAUGUUCCUAGCACAAUACUGUGGAAGUAAGAAGCAAAAGAAGAAUAUUGCUAGCCUCUUCACCGGAAGGCAAAAGAAAGAGGAAACACUGCAGGAUUUCUUAUCCAGAUUCAACAUGGAAGCCUCGGAAAUAGCAGAUUGUCAUCCUACGACUGCAACAGAAACAUUCAAACUUGCAAUGAUUCAGGGGAUGAAGUUUCAUACUUCCUUGGUCAAAUAUUCUCCUCCCGACAUGCAGACUCUCAAUGCCAGGUCCCAGAUCUACAUCUGGCUCGAAGAGAAUGUAGCCCACCGAGCGUAG